AUGGCAUCCAUUUAUUCCAAGGCUGAGCGGAUUGUUAUAUGGCUUGGCCCCUUCACUGAUGAGACAGACCUAUUCAUGGACGCUGCUGCGCAGUUUAGCAAAACACGCAUGAAACAGGAACAGGCCGACUGGACACCUCUCGACACGCAUUGGAUCAGUGUCUGGAAAAUCAUCCUGAAGGAACGCUCCUAUAACGAGGAAGCUGUGUGCGGUGGUCUGAAAUCUUUAUUGGAUCGGCCUUGGUUCAAGAGAAUCUGGGUUUUGCAAGAAGUUGCCAACGCACGAAUUGCCGACGUCGUUUGCGGAUCCAAGUCCAUCCCAGCAAAAACUUUUGUUCUUGCCCCCCACUUAACCGGAGUCACACCAAAUCCUCACUGUCAGGCCGUCUUAGAUAUUAUGCCUGGUGCCUCACGAAAUAGCUCCUGGUGGACGCAGAAGCGAGACCUUCGGACAUUAUUAGCAAAAUUUGGUGCAAGCGAAGCCUCCGACCCGCGAGAUAUUAUCUACGCCCUAUUAGGUAUGUCCACAGACGCUUGCGCUUCAGGUUUCCUAUACGCGAACUACGAUAUUUCCGUUCAGGAAGCGAUACACAACACGAUGUUAUUCCUAGUUGGCCUCCACGAAUAUAACCUUAGUACGGCUAUAUAUUGGUCGAGGCCUUCGUGGGAUGUGUCGAGUAUGAAAGUGCUUGUCCACAUGGGACUGGAUCUCGAUACAAUGUUGCACCACGCAAUCGUGCACGGGGACAUUCAGAAAGUGAAGGCUCUGAUCAAGUCGGGGGCAAAGGUCAACGAAAGAAGCAAGGGAAACGAGACAACAUUAAAUAAAGCAACGCUAAAUCUGCUGGGCGCCACUGAGAACCAAGUGUACUGGGAUGAGAUCAGAAGGUGUGCCAAGGGAGAGACAGCGCUCUACCGAGGAGUCCGGAGAGGAGCUUUGGACAUAGUGUCGCUACUGAUCGAAAAUGGAGCAAACAUCAAUGAUGAAAGCAACGGAGAGACGGCGUUAUUCAGUGCAGUCCAGACAUGGAACGAAGGGAUUCUGUCACUUCUCAUCAAAGGUGGAGCUGACACGAGCGAAAAAUUCAACGGAGCGACACUAUCAUCAUCAGCACAGGGGAAUGUGAAGACUGUGCGCCAACUGAUCGACAGCAGCCUAGAUCCUUUUAGGAAAGCUGUAUCUGGGUUGACAAUACUGCAUUUAGCGUCCAUCGCUGGGAGCACGGCGACUCUGGAUCUACUUCUCGAUAUCAAAAUAUGUCUUCACGAAAGCGAUGAUGAAGGAAGAACAGCGCUCCAUAUGGCAGCUCUCGCAGGACAAUAUGAGUCUGUGAAGAGACUGCUUAACUCUGGAGCGGACACUUCUAUUCGAGAUCGAACCGGGAGAACGGUACUACACUAUGCAGCUAUAGGUGAGAGUACGGCGACUCUAAAUCUACUUCUCGAUAUCAAAAUGUGUCUUCACGAAAGCGAUGAUGAAGGAAGAACAGCGCUCCAUAUGGCAGCUCUCGCAGGACAAUAUGAGUCUGUGAAGAGACUACUUAACUCUGGAGCGGACACUUCUAUUCGAGAUCGAAUCGGGAGGACGGCACUACACUAUGCGGCUAUGGGUGGGAACGUGGUGGUUGUGAAUUUUCUCAUCGAUAGUGGAAUGAGUGUCCACGAAAGGGAUGAUAAAGGAAACACAGCGCUCCUCAUGGCAGUGCAGGGCGUGGCGAGGCUUUAG